UUUUCGACGGUCCAUAUGUUUGCAACGUCACGUCUAAGAAACUUGGAAUCCUAUUCUCUAAAAGCGGCUCAAAAUUUUUCACACGUUCAGCUCUAUAUAAAGCCUUGGGACCAAGUUUUUGUGAUCAAGCAACUGCAUUUUCUCUUGAACUUCAGAAACAAGCUUAAAACUGCAUAUAUAUACACAUCAUCUAUGGAGUUCGGUUUCCCAGUUCUUCGAAGAGGAAGAACGAUGUCGAGCCGGUUUAGUUUUAAUCACUACAUUGAAUUUUCAGACACAAAGACAUCAGCUGCAGUUGUGGAAAUCCAUUCUACAGAUCAAUGGAAAGCCUAUUUUGAUGCCUCCAAAGGAAACAACAAACUGCUGGUGAUUCAAUUCACAGCAACAUGGUGCGGACCUUGCCGAUUUAUCGAUCCAGCCAUUAAAGAGUUUGCUGCUAAAUACACAGACGUUGAUUUUAUCAAGAUUGAUGUGGACAAGUUGGUGAUGGUGGCUAUGCAAUUCGAGGCGAACACAUUGCCAGCAUUUGCACUCAUGAAGAAAGGGAAACAAGUUGACAAGAUUGUAGGGGUUAAGAAGUUAGAAUUGCAGAACAAGAUUGAACAAUACAGGGUAUAAUUAUAAUUAUAAAAAUUCUAAAGAUGCUUUAUGACAGUGGGAGCUGCAUGUAGCCCCGGAAUAUCUCACUCAUUUCCAACUAAAGAAAAAUAAGGGGCUAACAGACGAUGACCAUCGCCUUUUUGCCGAGUCAAAAUUAGCCCACGUUGCAUUUUUGUUGCUUAAUAUAUGUUCCACCAUUUACUUGGUGUGUCUACAUAUGUUGUGUCCAUUUGUUAUCAAAUAAUAUCGGAGUUUGACAUAAGUUAAAGAAA